UGUGUGUGUGUGUGUGUGUGUGUGUGUGUGUGUGUGUGUGUGUACUCUCACUAGGGAUAAAUCCUGCCUCUCCUCCUUUCUAUCCCUCUUCUCUUUGCCACUCACACACACGAGCAGGGCUCCCGCUGCCAAACCUCACUCACAUACAAAUACACACACAGCCCAGCCUCUGUGCAGUCUAGUCCACAUUGGUUAUUUUGGUGCUUUGACAUUUUGCAUUCAUGGAGGACUACCACAAACCCGACCAGCAGACAGUGCAGGCGCUCAGGAACAUCGCCAACCGCCUCCGAAUCAACUGCAUCAAGGCUACCACCGCAACGGGCAGCGGACACCCUACAUCAUGCUGCAGCGUGGCAGAAAUCAUGUCUGUCCUGUUCUUCAACACAAUGAAGUACCGCACAGAGGACCCCAAGAAUAUCAACAACGAUCGCUUCAUCCUCUCUAAGGGUCAUGCCGCCCCAGCCCUGUACUCCAUGUGGACAGAGACUGGCUUCCUGAAGGAGAGUGAGCUGUUCUCUCUGUGCCAGGUGGAGUCCAACCUGGAGGGACACCCCAUACCUGUGUUGGAGUUUCAGAAGCAGCAGUUUGUGGAUGUGGCUACUGGCUCUCUGGGCCAGGGCCUGGGUGUGGCCUGUGGGAUGGCCUACACUGGGAAGUACUUUGACAAGUCCAGCUACCGUGUGUUCUGUCUGAUGGGGGAUGGGGAGCUGUCUGAGGGGGCAGUGUGGGAGGCCAUGUCUUUCGCCUCCUACUACCAGCUGGACAACCUGGUGGCCAUCUUGGAUAUCAACCGUCUGGGCCAGACCGACCCAGCGCCCCUGCAGCACCACGUGGAGAAGUACCAGAAACGCUGUGAGGCCUUCGGUUGGCAUGCCAUCAUUGUGGAUGGGCACAGUGUGGAGGAGCUGUGUAAGGCUCUGAGCCAGGCUCGCCACCAGCCCACUGCCAUCAUCGCCAAGACCACCAAGGGCAAGGGCAUCCCAGCUGUGGAGGAUAAGAUGGGCUGGCAUGCCAAGCCCCUGCCCAAAGACAUGGCUGAGGGAGUCGUGAAGGAUCUGCAGGCGCGCAUCAUGAACAGCAGCAAGCGCCUGUACCCUGCCACGCCCAUGGAGGACGCCCCGCCAGUCAGCCUGUGCAACAUCCGCAUGCCCAGCGCACCCGCCUACAAGCAGGGAGAGAAGGUUUCCACCAGGAAAGCCUAUGGCAUGGCCCUGGCUAAACUGGGUCGUUACAACGAGCGCGUAGUGGUCUUGGACGGAGACACCAACAACAUCACCUACUCAGAGAUCUUCAAGAACGAACAUCCCAACCGCUUUGUGGAGUGUUACAUCGCUCAACAGAACAUGGUGAGUGUUGCCACUGGUUGCGCUGCCCGUGAGAGGAACGUUGUGUACGCCAGCACCCUGGCCUCCUUCUUCACCCGCGCCUACGACCAGCUCCGCAUGGCUGCCAUCUCAGAGAGCAACAUCAAUCUGUGUGGCUCCCACUGCGGCCUGUCCAUCGGUGAGUAUGUGUGUGUUCCAGGAGAGGACGGGCCGUCUCAGAUGGGUCUAGAAGACAUAGCCAUGUUUAGGGCCAUCCCCACGGCAACCAUCUUCUACCCCAGCGAUGGCGUUUCUAUUGAAAAGGCAGUGGAGCUUGCCGCCAGCACAAAGGGUGUUUGCUACAUAAGAACCAGCCGCCCCGAGAAUCCCAUCAUCUACAGCAGCAAUGAGGACUUCCAUGUUGGACAGGCUAAGGUGGUGUACCAGAGUACGGAGGACAAGGUGACCGUGAUCGGAGCUGGGAUUACUCUGCAUGAGGCUGUGGCUGCAGCUGAGAUGCUCAAGAAAGAAAGGAUCUUCAUCAGGGUGAUUGACCCGUUCACCAUCAAACCCCUGGACUCCAAGACCAUCAUUGAGCAUGCUCGCCAGACCAGGGGGCGUAUCCUCACUGUAGAGGACCACUACUACGAAGGUGGUCUGGGGGAGGCAGUGUGCUCAGCGGUGGUGAACGAGCAGGGCUUCACCCUACAGCGGCUGGCCGUGGCCCACGUUCCCCGCAGCGGCAAGCCCAACGAGCUGCUCAAGAUUUACGGCAUCGACCGCGAAGCCAUUUGCCAGGCCAUCAGGAAGAUGCUCAGCGGCUCUGCCAACGCCAAGUAGCUCCACACCUUCCUGCCUAAGCCCCACCCGACCCAAUUCUACCACCCCUCAGAUAAAUGUUUCAUGUCACAUGACACCACCCCACCUGGUAACCUCGCCCCCUCACUGUGAAAGUCCACCCCUGUGUUUACUGAAGUAACGUGAGUUUGUGCUGAAUGUACAUUUUGACGUAACCGUCACACAUUUCACUUUUUUUCCCUCAUACAUUACACACACACACACACACACACACACACACACACACACACACACACACACACACACACACACACACACACACACACACACACACACACACACACAAAAAAAAACCCCACUCCCACUUCCUGGUAACCAUGGGUCAUCACAGGGUCAAGUUUAGAAAUUAAAAUGAGAGGUAGUCAUUAGUCCUCAAAACCGGUUGGCAGGUGUAGAUGGACAUUCUCCAUACCAAACAAUCCAAUAAAGACUGUACAUGUUGUUACUCAAUGCAGGUACCUUUAUGUGAUGCUCAUGUGUUUUUAAACUCUUCCUCUUUGAUAUUUUCAACCCCAAACAACCAGCAGCAGUCUAUUUUAAUACUUUUAUAUUGUUCUGAUGUAGUUCUGAAGACAGGGUGGGGCAUGUGGUAGUGAAAUUUAGGUGUCGUCUCCAUGACAUGUGGUAGUGAAAUCUAGGUGUCGUCUCCAUAACAUGUUUGUAGAACGUAGUCCAAUAAAAAAUAAAUACAGACAAUCAAAUAGAAAUGUAUGUGGGCCAUAAAUAUCAGUGAAGUGAAAAGACCAUACAGUUUGAACCAUAUGUCUCUUUAAACCACAACACCCAACUUGUACUGGACAGCUCGUGUUAGCACAGCACACAUUAACUUAUUUUCAUCUCUACAGCUCAGGCGUAGACUAGCUAAACAUAUGGCGUCAGAGAACUUCCAAAAUGUUGUGCGUUCAACCUUUGGCAGAUAUCUCACUCCAUAUUAACACCUUUUACCUGGAUGAGCAAACAAGAAGAAGUACGUUAGCCCGAGCUGUCUGAACAUACCAAUAAUGUUUCUAUUCCAUUUACAUGUUUGUCAUUUAGCGUAUGCACUUAUCCAGAGUGACUUAGAGGAGCAGGAUCAAUGUGUUCUCUACAGCAAAUAGUUUGACUUGGAGGUCGGGGAGAGGGAUACAGGGCCAGCUAGGACUUACAGUAGGGUUCAGCGUUUCCAUUUGAAUUCAGUCAAUUCAGGAAGUGAAUUGAUCCUAACCCUGGAUUAGAGAGAGUCUCUGUGCUUGUGGCCAUGGUGAUGUUGGGAGCAUGCUGUUACAUCUGAACUGUGAACCUAGUACAAACACCUCCUUCGUUACCUGAUCUUCUGUAUGUACCUUACACUUUUAUUUAUUAAAGCCCUCUGCAUUUGAAUUUUAGAGUU